UCACGUGAUCUUCUAUUUAUAUCGGAUAAAGCUGUGAUAUUGAAACUGUUAAGGCGCCCGCCUCGGCUUGAAGGUCAUUUUGACCGCAAAAUUAUGUGAAAUUAUACUUGUCCGUGGGAAAUAAUUUGAAAAUAGCAGAGGAGGCGCGCGAUCAAGGUCACCUGGACUAGAGAAACAGGGCUGUCUCACAAGUCAUGUCUCUCCUCCUUCGCUGCGUCUCCAGCUGCUCUGUGCCCUUGCUCCAGCAAGGUGCACUGUGGAAGACACCUGGAAGAAGGUGCUUUAGGUCUUUUCCUGUCCUGUGGAACGAACAGGUUUCCAAAGGUGUGCUCUACAAAGACGUAGUUGUUGGCGUCCCCAAGGAGAUCUACAAAAAUGAGCGGAGAGUGGCGGUGUCCCCGGCUGGAGUGCAGGCCCUGGUCAAGCAGGGCUUCAUCGUGCAGGUGGAGAGCGGUGCUGGAGAUGAGGCCAAGUUCUCAGAUGACCAAUACAAAGAGGCGGGCGCCAAGAUAGCUGACGUGAAGAGUGCCUUUGGCUCGGACCUCAUUCUGAAGGUUAGAGCACCGACAUUUAAUGAGGCCCUUGGACUGCAUGAAGCUGAACUGCUGAAGCCAAAGUCCACUCUUGUAAGCUUCAUCUACCCAGCACAGAACCCUGAGCUCAUGGAGCAGCUCGCCAAGCAGCAGUGCACCGUUUUAGCCAUGGACCAGGUCCCCAGAGUCACCAUUGCCCAGGGAUACGAUGCCCUGAGCUCCAUGGCCAACAUAGCAGGAUACAAGGCUGUUGUGUUGGCUGCGAAUCAUUUUGGAAGAUUUUUCACUGGCCAGAUAACUGCUGCUGGGAAGGUUCCUCCAGCCAAGGUCUUGGUGAUUGGCGGAGGAGUGGCAGGUCUUGCUGCAGCAGGGGCAGCAAAGUCAAUGGGAGCCAUAGUCAGAGGGUUUGAUACCAGGCCAGCUGCUCUGGAACAGUUCAAGUCCUUCGGUGCGGAACCUUUGGAGGUAGAGGUGGCGGAGUCUGGAGAGGGAGUGGGUGGCUAUGCGAAGGAGAUGUCCAAGGAGUUUAUCGAGGCAGAGAUGGCGCUGUUUGCCAGGCAAUGCAAGGAAGUGGACAUUCUCAUCAGCACUGCUCUCAUUCCAGGCAAGAGAGCCCCCAUCCUCAUCAAGACGGACAUGGUGGAGUCCAUGAAGGAUGGCUCUGUGGUGGUCGACCUGGCUGCUGAAGCUGGGGGCAACAUUGAGACCACCAAACCUGGAGACUUGUAUGUUCACAAGGGGGUGACGCAUAUUGGGUACACUGAUCUCCCCAGCAGGAUGGCCACCCAGGCCAGCACUCUGUAUUCUAACAAUAUCCUGAAGUUGCUGAAAGCCAUCAGCCCUGACAAGGAAUACUUUUUCUUUGAGCCCAAAGAUGAGUUUGAUUACGGGACAAUGGACCAUGUCAUUCGGGGAACUAUGGUCAUGCAGGAAGGAAAGAAUCUUUUCCCGUCUCCGCUCCCCAAAACCUCCCCACCUGCCGCUCCUGCCAAACAGAAAACGAUCGCUGAAAUUGAAGCUGAGAAACUGAAGGAAAUCUCCCCUUUCAGACGAACCAUGACUUCUGCCGGAGUUUACACAGCAGGCCUCUCUGGGGUUCUUGGCCUUGGCAUCGCCUCUCCUAAUGCUGCCUUCACCCAGAUGGUCACCACAUUUGGGCUGGCGGGGCUUGUGGGAUACCACACGGUGUGGGGCGUCACUCCAGCCCUUCACUCCCCACUCAUGUCUGUCACCAAUGCCAUUUCAGGUCUGACUGCAGUGGGAGGUUUAGUGCUGAUGGGUGGUGGUCUUACCCCUGCCAGCCUCCCUCAAACACUGGCCCUGCUGGCUGCAUUUGUGUCUUCCAUUAACAUUGCAGGUGGCUUCCUUAUCACACAAAGAAUGCUUGACAUGUUCAAGCGUCCCACAGACCCUCCAGAGUACAACUACCUGUAUGCCUUACCUGGCGCUGUCUUUGUUGGGGGGUAUGGGGCGUCUCUUGCCAGUGGCUACACCAUUGAACAGAUGAUGUACUUGGGCUCCGGGUUGUGCUGUGUGGGCGCUCUGGCAGGGCUGUCUGCUCAGCGCACCUCCAGGCUAGGCAAUUCCCUUGGCAUGAUUGGCGUAGCAGGAGGCAUUGCUGCAACCCUGGGCAGCCUCAAACCUUCUCCUGAGCUGCUGUCUCAGAUGUCACUGGCCAUGGCCAGUGGUGGCACUUUAGGUCUUACCAUUGCCAAACGGAUUGAGAUCACAGACCUGCCGCAGUUGGUGGCUGCCUUCCACAGCCUGGUAGGCCUGGCGGCCGUGCUGACCUGCGUUGCUGAGUACAUGAUCGAGUACCCCCACUUAGACAUGCACCCUGCCGCCAACGUGGUGAAGUCCGUAGCCUACCUGGGCACCUAUAUUGGGGGCGUCACCUUCAGUGGCUCGCUAGUGGCCUACGGCAAGCUGCAAGGCAUCCUGAACUCCGCUCCACUGCUCCUGCCUGGCCGACACGCAAUGAACGCUGGGCUAAUGGCGGCCUCCGUGGGGGGCUUGGUGCCCUUCAUGCUGACUGACAGCUAUACCACUGGCAUGGGCUGUCUGUUGGGUGUCUCUGGGCUCUCAACUAUCAUGGGUGUGACUCUGACUGCAGCCAUCGGGGGUGCUGACAUGCCUGUGGUCAUCACCGUACUCAACAGCUACUCGGGCUGGGCACUGUGUGCCGAGGGCUUCCUGCUGGACAACAACCUUAUGACUAUUGUUGGUGCUCUGAUCGGCUCCUCUGGUGCCAUUCUGUCCUACAUUAUGUGCGUGGCCAUGAAUCGGUCCCUGCCCAAUGUGAUCCUGGGCGGUUACGGGACAACAUCCACAGCAGGAGGAAAGCCCAUGGAGAUCGUGGGGACCCACACAGAGGUCAAUGUGGAGCAGUCAAUUGAGAUGAUUAAAGAGGCCAACAGCAUCAUCAUCACGCCAGGUCUGUUAUCUUGUUCAGUCGGCGCCGUCAGCAGCGGAGAGACAUCGGAAGCCAGGAGGCCCACACCAGGCCUGAAGACACCGAACGGAACACAUGGCUUGCGUUUGUUUUUCUUUCCCUUGUUUGUAGCAGCGCUGAGAAACAGCAGGGUUGGCUCAGAGUGUUGAAUCAAUUACCGAAGGGAGUGGGGAGGAAACCCACAAAGGCAACCGCACAGUUUCUGUGUUUUCAUGGAAAGCACUUCAGCCGACCACAAGAAGCCAAUUAGAAACACUAAUAGAGAAACUGAAGGGAAUAGGAUACGGAUGCCUGCGGGUCAGAAGUUGGAAGGUUUCGCUGUCCCAAUGGGAUCUCCUUCAGUAUUUAAUGCAUCGCCCCCACAGCAGGGAUCAGUGACCCCCUUUACCCUCUCCAGAUAUCUGACAGCAGAGGUCAGAUAGACAGGAGGAGUGGACGGCAACUCGCACGCACACUUGCACAACAGCAGAAUUCCUUCACAUUAAGACCCUGGGGAAAUGGAAGCUGUAGACAAAUGUUCCAAGAGCUUCCUUUAUUGCCGAUUUAUUCAUCUGGUGUCAGAAGCAUUUUGAGGUCAUUUUGUGAAUUUGGUGUGCACCUGUACAGCUGUAUUCCCAUGUUAUGGCUAUUCACCAUCUAUAACAAUACAGCAGUUAUCACAAGAAUUCAGUACAUUACAGAAAGAUCAUGUUUAAAAAUGUUUAAUUAAACAUAUUUUCAGUGUUUGUCAACUGAUAUUUCAUUAUGGGAUCCAAAUCUUGUUUCUACAGAUUUUGCAAAGCACAUAUCCUCUAUAAGCCUCACACAAAGGGAUUAAGUACUUGAUUUAAAAAGCAAAUAUUGUGGUUUGAGUACAAUAUAGUGGGUUAUUGUAUUUCCCCUGAGCCAUUUUGCAGUGUGCCAGGUGAGAGGGUUGUGCUGUGU